AGUAAAACAGGUCCGGGUGGAUAUUUAGGUGAAAGGUCUCUGAGAUCUUCUUCCUUCUGCUGAGUUCCGGCACAGGCGGGAGAAGUUUAGGUUUUAUUUUUAUUUUUUAAUUGUCUGUAAAUAUCUCCAGAACCUUGUUAGUCAUGUCUAAACAAGCGCAGCGCAUUAGCCCGGGGAAGAACUUCCUAGCUGGGGGGUUUGGAGGAGUCUGCCUGGUCUUCGCUGGUCACCCCUUAGACACCAUAAAGGUGCGUCUGCAGACUCAGCCCAAGCCUGGACCAGGUCAGAUACCUCUCUAUGCCGGAACCUUCGAUUGCUUCAAGAAAACCCUUGCUAAGGAGGGGGUUCGGGGUUUGUAUAAAGGCAUGGCUGCUCCCAUUAUCGGAGUCACUCCUAUGUUUGCUGUGUGUUUUUUCGGUUUCGGUCUGGGAAAGAAACUGCAGCAGAAGAGCCCUGAUGACAUUCUCACGUAUCCUCAGCUGUUUGCGGCUGGUAUGCUCUCAGGUGUGUUCACCACAGCCAUCAUGGCUCCUGGAGAGAGAAUCAAAUGCCUGCUGCAGAUCCAGGCGUCUUCAGGAGAGAUUAAAUACGCCGGGCCCAUGGACUGUGUGAAGCAGAUCUACAGAGAAAGUGGAAUCAGAGGCAUCUAUAAAGGCACAGCGCUCACACUCAUGAGAGACGUGCCGGCCAGUGGGAUGUACUUCAUGACCUACGAGUGGCUGAAGAAACUCCUCACUCCAGAGGGCAAGAGCCCGAAUGAACUGAGCGUGCCCAGUGUGCUGUUUGCUGGUGGUAUGGCAGGAAUCUUUAACUGGGCCGUCGCAAUUCCACCUGAUGUCCUGAAAUCCCGAUUCCAGACAGCUCCGGAGGGGAAAUACCCUAACGGCUUCCGGGAUGUUCUGAGGGAACUGAUCAGGGAGGAGGGCGUGGCUUCACUGUAUAAGGGCUUUAAUGCAGUCAUGCUCCGAGCGUUCCCUGCUAACGCUGCGUGUUUCCUCGGGUUCGAGGUGGCCAUGAAGUUCCUGAACUGGCUCGCACCAAACCUGUGAUUCAUAUGAGGUGGACUUACUGAGGAAUGUGAAAUUACAACACACACACACACACACACACACACAUAUACAUGUCCGGAUGUCCUUCAGCAUGACUGUAGUUUUAUUGUGUUUUUAUUUUGUCUUGAAGAGGAGUGAUGACGUGCCUUAUUCCUCCAGAAUAAACAGACUGUGACACGUGUGAGUCAGGAGCAUGGUGUGUAUCUCUAAAUCUGUAAAAAUACUGAGUGUUAACAAAUGCCAUGUCUGUGUCUGUUGUACACGUAGAUGGUGAACCCUCCAGAAAAACAGGAUGAUGCUCAGAAUUUUUUUUUGGAGUUAAACACGUGCUUCCGAUUCACACGUGUGUUACAGCAGUCUUUUUAUUCCAUAUAUCAAACACGGCUGUGACCUCAGUCUCUGCUCCUCAGGGAGUGUGUGCACGUGUGUGUGUGUGUGCGCGUGUGUGUGUGCGCGCGUGUGUGUGCGUGUGAGUGUGUGUGUGAGUUAGUCCCAGUUUUGUUUAUGUUAAACACUAAUUAAUAUUAAAAAUAAUAAAUAAAUAAAAGUAAUUACAUAAUAGCAGUCAUUUAUUAAUGUUAUAAUGAUGAUAAAGAUGAUGAUGAUGAUGAUGAUGAUGAUGAAGAUGCUCUGUACUGAUCAGAGACCGUAUAAAUCUCUUGCUGAAGUCAUGAAUUUUUUUUUUGUUUGUUUUAAUUUUUUUUUUUUUGAUUAUGUAAAAUAAAAAAGAUUGUUUCGGACUU